GGGGGCGGUGUUUCGCCUGGCGGCGUCCCGGUGACUUAAUACUUGAAGGAGCUGAGCUUCUGCAGCCAAGGAGCCGGUACCGUCCUGUAUCACCAUGAUCUGCCUCCUACUGACAGUGUUCGCGAACGUUCUCCAGACAGGUUGGACGGGGGUGAACGAGAGGACGUUCGUGGCGGUGAAGCCGGACGGCGUCCAGCGGCGGCUGGUGGGAGACAUCGUCAGACGCUUCGAGAAGAAGGGCUUCAAACUGGUCGGGAUGAAACUGGUCCAGGCCUCUGAGGACCUUCUGAAGGACCACUACCGGGACCUUCAGACCAAGCCGUUCUUCGACGGUCUGGUUCGCUACAUGGGCUCCGGACCCGUGGUUGCCAUGGUGUGGCAGGGGCUGGACGUGGUGAAGACGUCCCGCCGGAUGCUCGGCGAGACGAACCCGGCCGACUCUCUGCCCGGGACGGUCCGGGGGGACUACUGCGUGGAGGUGGGCAGGAACGUGAUCCAUGGCAGCGACUCUGUGGAGAGCGCCCAGCGGGAGAUCUCUCUGUGGUUCCGGAACGAGGAGAUCCAGUGCUGGGAGGAUCCCGCCAGCCCCUGGAUCUACGCCUAGACCACUGGAUCUAGACCACUGGAUCUAGGCCUAGACCACUGGAUCUACGCCUAGACCACGGGAUCUAGACCACUGG